AUGACCAACCAUAUCGAAAGCCCGACGAAGGCUACUCUCGGCCUAAAUUAUGCCUUGGUCCUGUCACAGUUUGAAGCAUUGUCCAUGCAGCGUCCACCUCCCAACCCAACCAAUGGCGCAUCCAUAGACAAUACAUCGUCUCGUGUACGCGUCAUAAAAAGAGCACGACAGCCAUCCUCAGAGGCAUCCGAGUCUCCUCAAAUUAAGAGGUCUAAAGUUCAACACCAACCAACUGGUGUAGCGUAUGGCAGCAAAAUGGAUAUAGACCUUCCUAUUUCUCAAUCUGGAGACCCCAACUCACUCGUUCGUCAGGACAGUACCCAAAAGAGCCCUUACGAUACAAUCUCGCCCCGACUGGUAUUCGAUAGCCAACUUCCCAGAGAGCUCAGGGACGAAAUCCAUGCUCACGCUCUCGCUUUACGCCCCGGAAUUUGUCCUCCCGCCCUACGCGAGGUUGCACCCAUGGAAACACGAAAAGAGCUUCUCGAAGUUUACAGGAGUGUGAACUACGUCGUACGAGAAAGCAAUUACCCAACCUUCAGAAGAAUUCCAAUGGGAAUACUCAAGAGAGUGAGACAUUUGACCCUGGUGUAUGAACAGUCGGAUUCGGUAAUACAAUUCUUCAGCUCGGACAAGACUAAGCUUAUCAAUUAUUUCACUACAUUAACAAUAGAUGUCACGAAGAAUGUCUUCAAUGGUGAUUGCAGGAAAUCUUGGGACUCCUUGGUACGGUAUCUUGUUGUGGCAUCAAAGGAAGGUGUGGAAAAGAUAACGUUUGUCUUUGCUGCACAAUAUUCUCAUGAGAGAGCAAGGGUGACAGAUGCUAUAUGUAAGCUGCUUGGGUUCCCACCGAAGCAGAUAGACGAUGAUGUGUCAGGACGCAAUUUACAUGUUCUGGUCUGGGAAGCAAGCAAGGGGUAUAUGAAGCUUCGAACAGCUCGGUAG